AAUGUAACAUAUAUAUAUUGCAUUGCUGUCUACUUUCUUGUCUCGUAACUGCAGGUAGCAGUGUACACUGUACAACUAUGUGUAACUAAUAGUUGCAAUGGGCAUUGCUGCCUUUAUGCAGAUGGUGCGUUUCUGCUUCUCUUCGCAAUAGUAGAGCUAAAGGCAGCCUCAGUCCUCCUCUCCUUCGUGCCACGGACACAAAUUCCAAAAAAAGAGAAGAAUGCGUGUGUGUAAAUAAAAAGGAAGUGAAAGAAGAAAGACAGCGACAGGCCAUUGAACUGAGUUGAAAAAAAUAUCGGUGGAAGGCCUGGUAUAAGAAAGUAUUCGUCUAGUUAAGUGAAGUUUUGAGCAUAAUACGCAUUCGUUAGUUUGCUGAUACUACAAUAUAUAAUUUGGAAAGCUAGCGAGUAAUCAAACUGACGAAAUUAGUUGAAACUAUUGUCCUUCAGUCUCUUUUAAUAUGUGUAAAUAUUGAACGAAAAACAUGUCAAAAGCUUGUAACAUCGUCGUCGAGUGGCUGCACUCGCUGCAUCUGGGCGAAUACGCAGAAUCUUUUGUCGACAAUGGGUACGAUGAUCUCGAAAUUUGUAAACAAAUAAGAGAUCCCGAUCUCGAUGCUAUUGGCGUUUUGAAGCAAAGUCAUAGAUUGCGGCUAUUGCAAUCUGUGAAAAGAUUACGCGAAGAAGGAGCAGCUAGCGUAUACUUUACUCUCGAAGAGACAACCGCUUGUUUAGAAAAACAAUCCAACAGUGAUAAAGACAGCACGACGUCUGCCCUUGUUACCCCGACCGAGAGUAACACGCCCGAUAUUCAUUUUGCUCCGAAUCGUUCAACUAGACAAAGUGGAAAAUUUCUUGAUGAAUAUGAAGAGGGAAAGGCUGAACUUGUUCGUAUACCUAAAAUGCAGUUGCGACUUAUAUUGCAAGAAAAACUACGCUCUGAUGGCAUCCACCUGACAUCUCAACCUUACACUACUCCAGAUGGUCAACGUGGAUAUUUAGAGGGACUGGCUUCGAGAUAUGCAGAUAGUCUCAAAACUCACUAUAAAGAUGUUCUUGAACCUCUUGAAGAAUUGAGACGACAUGAAAUUAAUUUAUCUUUGAGAAUGUCUUACAUGAAAUUUCCUUCAAGUUAUUCUCAAACUCUUUAUGUUCCUGGGAAAUAUUCACCUUCCAGUUGUUUGAGUGACAGAGAAGAAGAUGAGAUUUAUGGAUUUGGAUACGGGGUUUAUGGCAGACAACUUUUACAACAAAGACAACAAAAACUUGCCCUUGCCACGCAGAAUUAUCAAAGCAAUGAUUUACUAAAACCGCAAUUGCCAAGUCAACAUAGCUGUUUAAGUCCAAGGUCUGCAUUUUUCUAUGAAUUUCCCCCCAAUGAACAAGGACACAAUUCUAGCAAAAAGAAAAUGACUUUUUCAAGAAUAUUAAGAGGACUUAAAACUAAUAAAAAAGAUAAACAUGGACACAUACACAGUUCUCCUAGAUUAAAUGCAUCUAAACUGGGAGUUCCACAAAGGAUCUUGAGAGAUAUUCGUAGAGGUUUGAUGCAGUUUGGUAGAGAUUCACAUGACCCUUAUGAUGAUACAUACAUGUAUGAUGAAGAACUCAAGGUCAAAGAAUUUCAAAAGUUGGAAACUGGCGGUCAAGGUGACAUCCAACAUUGGUAUGAUGAACCUCCUUAUGAAUCUGAUCCGGAAGAUUUUCUCAUGAGUUACAAUAGCGAAGAUUUAAAUAAAAGCUGCGCUGCAAGCAACAGGGGUUGCAAUACAUUGGGUACUUACUUGAAGAAACAAGACGAAGGCAUUAUUUCUUUGAGAACUGCUGGUGACAUAAGCUUGCCAAAAGAAAGAGAUAGGAUAACUUGUUCUAGCAGGCGUGGACUCAUUCUACCUCAAGGAAAUAAUAUAAUGCCCACUGUUAUCCCAUUAAAACACUCGAGAACUUGCCGUGAGAGUGGCGAGUAUACAAGCGAUUUGCAAAGUCGAAGUAGUGACGAAGAAAAUCGAGAUUCACCAAGAAGUCAAAGUACCGAUUACGAAGAUCCAGAAGUAUCUCAAUUCCAGUCCAAAGUUUGGCAGGCCCGACAACAAUCUGACUUGGUUGCAAUGACACCAGGUCAAAUGACCAAUUAUGGAGCUAAAAAUCUCAAAGGUUUCAAUACCGAUUGCUGCAAAAGUGUGCCCGUGACUAGCACGAUUGCUGGACGAGCUCGAACUCUCCGUAAGGACGUUCAACGCAAGAUUUCUCGACUCAAGCAGCAAAGAGGAUCAUUUGGCGAUUCUGCCUUCCCGUGUAGUGCAAGUAGUAUUGAAAGCUUGCCCAGUGGUAGCGGUUCGAGUAGCACACAAGCUUUAGUACGCGCUGGAAGUAACCACAGCUCUGUUUCGUACGAGGACCGUGAACCAAUCAGUCCUCAUCAAGGAGAAAUACAAUGUGCCAAUGCCUCGACUACCUCAUUGAGCCGAUACAAACCUCCGCAUGUAUUAUGUAGAGCUCGCGCUCUCGUUGAUUGCCUGCCUAAUCCUUACGAUAAAGAUGCUUUAGCAUUCAAGAAAGGUGAAGUAAUCGAAGUUGUACAGAUGAAUGCCAGUGGAUCUUGGAGAGGAAUUGCUCACAAUCGCUUGGGACAUUUUAAAUUCAUUAACGUGGAAAUUUUAAAUGAACGUCCGCAAGUAGUAGCCAAAAAACGUUGGAGUAAUAAGUACAAACAAAAGCCGGGUUCCGUACCCGAGCUUUUACAAAGAAUGCAACUUCAGGACUAUAUUUCAGUCUUUUUAUUAAAUGGAUAUGAAGAUCUCGAACUGUUUCGUGAAUUAGAGCCGGCCGAUUUAGAUUAUUUGCGUAUUCAACACCCUGAACACCGAGCCAAAAUUUUAACAGCAGUUCAAUUAAUCAACGAUUUACAAUAUAGCGAAGGAGAGGAAGUCUGGGGUUCCAAUCCCGAAAUUGAAGAUACAGUGGGACUCGAAUUUGGAGUAUCUCGCUUGAACAUUGGCUUUGAAAAAUUCCAGGCCGAAAAUAAUCUUAACGUUAAAACUUUAGAUAAUCAACCGAGUGAAUUCCAAAUCAACGUUCCGCUGGGACAACCAAUUCCUGCCAAUGAAACUAAUUACACUGCCACACUUAACCAAUAGUUCUUUUAUUCGAUGACUUAUUUUGCCGUCCUUACUUGUUUCUGUCGACAAGUUGCUUUUGUGAUAUAUAUAUUUGUGUAUAUAAAAAACUAACAGUUUCAAUGUCAAUCAUGCAUAGUUAUCAUAAUAGUUACAUUUUUAUGUAUUAAAUAAUAUAUACAUAGACUCGAAAACUGUGGAAUAACGUGUUGAUCAAAUACUCGACGAUAAUUAUUUCUACAAUUAUCUAGUCACCGGAACGCUCGAAAACUCUAAAUCAUUUUUCACUUGAUCAUAGUAGUGUAUUCACUUGUUCUAUAAUGGAUAAUAUACAUUUUACUAAAAUUGUACAUUCAGAAGUAGUUUGUACUUAUGUAUUAACCGUAACUAUGUUGAUGUGCGCAAUCAAUUUUCAACGUAAAGUUUUACGUUUUUAUACAGAAAUUUUUGUACUUUCAGUAUUAGAUAUUCGAAAACUUUUUAUGUUUUUACCUACAGUCAUGAAUAAAGAUUUUGAAUACAUAAUAUGUAUAAUAAAAUAUAUAUAUUAUAGAAAUCAUCAUGAUGCUUACAUAUUAACUCAGUGUACAAUUCAAUUGCAAACUCGAUCAAUAAGUAGACUGGUCUAUUAUAAUUAUUAUAUUUAUAAAUAGAAAUAGAUUUAGGUAUGUAUAAGUAACUCUUGGUACCUACAGUGAUGUAAAUUUCCGAAAAUG